AUGAGUUGGAUGUUCCUCAGAGACCUCCUAAGUGGAGUAAAUAAAUACUCAACAGGAGUUGGGCGUGUUUGGCUAGCUGUCGUGUUCAUCUUCCGUUUGCUGGUCUACAUGGUGGCUGCAGAACAUGUGUGGAAGGAUGAGCAGGAAGAGUUUGAGUGCAACAUUAGACAGCCUGGUUGUGAAAAUGUGUGUUUUGACUACUUCUUCCCCAUCUCCCAAGUCAGACUUUGGGCCUUACAGCUUAUCAUGGUCUCCACGCCUUCGCUUCUGGUGGUUCUACAUGUAGCCUAUUGUGAGGAUAGAGAGAAAGGAUACAGAAAGAAACUCUAUGCCAGCCCAGGUGCAAUGGAUGGGGGCCUAUGGUACACUUAUGUUAUUAGUCUUAUUGUUAAAACUGGUUUUGAAAUUGGAUUCCUUGUUUUAUUUUACAAACUGUACGAUGGUUUUAGCAUUCCCUACCUUAUGAAGUGUGAUUUGAAGCCUUGUCCCAACACUGUGGACUGCUUCAUCUCCAAACCCACUGAAAAAACAAUCUUCAUCUUCUUCUUGGUCAUUACCUCGUGCUUGUGCAUUGUGCUAAAUUUCAUAGAACUGAGUUUUUUGGUUCUUAAGUGCUUUACUAAGUGCUGUCUCCAAAAAUAUUCUAAAAAACUCAAGUCCUCUGGGUGUGAGUGCCACAACCUCAGAUAUGUUGAAUGUGGUGAGACAGGGGCCCCUCUUCUACUCUAG